AUGGGUUUUACCACCAGCUCCAAAAACAUCCACCUCCGCCCCAUCAAGACGGCGGCGGGUGAUUAUAUCACCAACCUUUGCGCUGACUGCAAAGAUGAAAAUGGGAAAUGGAAUUACCGGGAGGUCACGCUCGACUGGUAUAUCGGCGUCGACCAGCCGACUGGGCGGUUCCUGUUGGGCUCUCCCCUAUUGGGCUCCCUAUUGCAAUCCAAGUACCUGACGAAGUACUCAACCAAGGUAGAGCUCACGGCCGGCGGGGCGGUCUUGCUCUGUACCAUGGACGCCAGCUACAACCGCCGGCUGAACACCUUGGCCUUAGAUAUGAUCUUCCAUAAUGACAAGGGAGACCUGGUCUAUCAACUCCCUCCCAAGAAUGUCCGGUCACGACUGACUCACCUUACGCUGCGCGGUCCGGCAGUCCUCCACGGCUUUGCGUUCACUCGCUACGGGACAUUGACCCCGACCUCACUGGACCUGGACCAGCACCUGACCAAUGAUAAUGGCUUGCUCAAGAGGAGAAAGAACGGCAACUUUAGCCAUAGCGCUAUUGACCUCGGCCUAAACUCUAACUGGGCAUUAAUUGGUCAGUUGGAAGAUUGGCACCAUACAUGGCAUCUGAUCAACUGCUGGCAGCUGAUGGACGAGUGGGUAAGCAUCACCGACGAGGGUGAACUCGUUAUGGAGGAUCCCGUGGGCACCUGGGAUCUGCGAGGGCCCUUCUUUCGACUACUGGAGGAGAUUCCCGUUAUUGGAUAUAUUGUGGCGGGUAUCGAUGAACUGGAGGGAGACCAUGACGAGGCCGUGCGUGCGGCAGCCGAAUGUACCUACGCGACCAUCUGCUUAGCGGCAGCCCUGGUGGGCGGCGCGCUGCUAAGGCCAGUUGGAGCGGCCGUCGCCUCGGGGGUCGCCGGUUAUGCUGGCCUGUACGCAAAGAGAGCCAUCGGGCAACACAUCAGCAAUCCGACUAUGCGCAAUGAGGUGACCGCCAUCACCAUCUAUUGCGUUCUGGUCGCGGAACUGACCCUGAUUGCCGGCGUGGGGCUUGAAGGUCUAUCAGGUGCGUUCAGUGAGCUCAUUGUCGAGGAGCUGAUGGCAGAUGGUUUUGGCCAGCUGGCGGUGAGCAUGGGGAAGAUGCUGUCCGAGAAGGGAUUGGAGAGUCUGUCUGAGUAUGACAUGGAGACGAUCGUGAAGAAUCUGGUAGACGCGAUACAGCACGGCAAAUCCGAAGACGACAUUAAACAUAUGUUUGACGAUUGGGAAAACGAUGGCGUGGAUCUAUUGAAUGAUCCCACCCCGAAGAAAGAUGCCCACCCACCGCCACCACCGAGACCAUCUCCUCCGACUGAUGAAGACACGAACGUGGAGACGGGCACAGAAAAUUACGUAUACCCUCGCGAUCCAGCGCCCCAUCCUAUCGUCGAUGAUGGUACCGGCUGGGAUGAAAGUGGCGGCGGCACCGCCCUGGGGAGGAAAAAGAAGAUGAUGAGGGACCAGUUGGGCCGCGGUGGGUGGUUGACGUCGACAGCUGACUCAGAAACAACCUCCUUGGCCAGGAUCACCAGUCAGCUGGAGAGCGUGAGCUUUGGUACGGGCUAUACCCUAAUUUUGAACGGGGAUGGACUGCAGGCGACCAAAUCGAACCACCAGGAAUUCGUCUUUCGUCUAGAAAUGACCCGACUCCUGGCGGGAUUGAACAGCCCUAACUCAGGUGAGGCAAAUACCAAUAUCAACUUCUACGACGAUGAUGGGUAUAGGUUGUGCUUGCAUGUCUCCUUCCGGCCGUCCACGAACGUCUUACAUAUCUCUCAGUGGUGGGACGGAAGCUGGCGUAACGCAUGGUGGGCCCCCUUCUCUACGGUCUUCGCCAACAUGCAACAAGGACGGGAUGGCUGGCUCCGUAUCGUGAGGAAUACGGACUUCUUUUACGACUUUGAAACAUUCAACCUGGAUGACCGCAACGAGCGAGUUCACGGGGCAACCUGGAGUGUGAGAGCUGCCGCUUGGAAGGUACAAUCUGUGAAGUAUGCCGGAUCGCCAUCCUUGUUUGGCGAGAGAAUCGAGGUUCAUAUCUAA